AAUACCCAGAUUUCAGGUCAUAAGGCCACAGAUCUAAUAAACACGCAGGAAAUGUUAGUAAUGACAAUCUCAGUCCCUUUCAAGGGUACAGGAUGGACACAAGCCAGCUUUUGGCUUGCUUUGUGGCUCUUGGGCUAUUAACAUUUGCUCCACACAAAGAUUUCGGACACGGUGAACUUUUCCCUCCAGCGCAGCUGAAGCCAUUCCACAAACACCCUGUCACCCAUUGGCCCAGCAGUGGCACCCUUCCCCUGCAUGGGAAAGGCCCUGGCACAUCAUCCCACCCACAAGCUGCUUUAUAUAAGGCCUGGUUAGAAAAGGACUUCUUCAUUUUUGCUGUUUUGACUGGAUCUUCCUCCCGCUGUCUGGCAAUGCCUGUGGAUUUCAGUGGGACCUGGAACCUUGUCAGCAAUGACAACUUUGAAGGUUAUAUGGUGGCCUUAGGUAUUGACUUUGCAACUCGCAAAAUAGCCAAAGUGCUGAAGCCUCAGAAGGUGAUCAAACAGGAUGGGGAUUCAUUCUACAUCCACACCACCAGCACGUUCCGGGAUUAUCUGCUGGAGUUCAAAGUUGGACAAGAGUUUGAAGAGGAUAAUAAAGGCUUGGAUAACAGAAAAUGCAAGAGCCUGGUUACCUGGGAAAAUGACAAACUUGUCUGUGUCCAGACUGGAGAGAAGAAGAACAGGGGUUGGACUCACUGGCUGGAAGGAGAUGACCUCCACCUGGAGCUUCGCUGUGAGAACCAAGUGUGCAGACAGGUCUUCAAGAGAGCUUGAAGCUGUGAGUUGUGCUGGCUCCUCCCUGCAGAGACAGCUCCACCCAGGAGGCCACACUCCCUCGUGUCCAGGGCUGGCUCUGCACACCAGACCCGAUCCCUUGUCCCUGUUAACCUGAACGGUCUGAUGUUUCUGGCUCAGGAAAUAAGUCUGCUCUUGCCAGUGUUAAAGAUCUGAUUUUUGCUAAUAA